AUGACGAAUUUAUUACCGGAUGACUCGUAUUGCACAAGUGAAAUGGGGAAAUUGAUGUUUCGAUCAAAAGCCGAUUGUCCGUGCACUGUGACGUUGAUCUCUGCGAGCGAUGAAACGAUGAUCGGUGUCACUUUUACGGCUUACACUUUAGAGUUUAAAUUCUUACCAAAAGAAUCUCUCCUUUCUGAGCCACGAAUAUUUCGAUUAACAACUCGUUAUCGAGAGGUCAACAAAUUACAAUCAGCUCUUGCGAAAUUACAUAAACAACUGUACCUCCGAGGAACUUUCCCAACUUUUCCACAACCAAAACUCUUUGGGAAAGCUGAUGAGGCGGCGAUUGAGGAAAGGAAAAGAGCAACCGCUCACGUCUUCGAGUUUCUUCUUGAUAGCGAGGUGCUGAGGAAGGCUCGAUUAUUGCAUGAAUUCGUUCAGAAAGCCACUGAAACAGUCACUUCUCCAAAUAUUGUCACGCUAACAUCUCUUCCAACAAGAGUUAACGAUGUCCAACUACAAGAUAUCAUGGAUACACCGAUUCCAACAAGCACCGCCAACGAUCUGAACACUCUCUUGGAACCGACAACUGAAGCGACAAGUGAAGAACAAGCACAAGAACAUACACUCGAUGCCAGUCAAUCGAUAUCCGGUGAAACCGAAUCGCAAGCCUACAACACUCCACCCGACUCACCGUCCGCAUUUCAAUUUCCCGAUUUGCCGUUAACUUUUGACUCGUCAACAGAAAGAGAUCAUCCACCAACAGCUAUUCGACGCUUUCUCAACAAAAUGCCCCUAGCGGCGCCAUUUUCUUCAAGAGUUUUGACUGAAACGGUGAAAUCUGAUGAAUAUCUUUUGGUGGCUGCCGAGUUGGUAUCGACAGCGCAAAGAGCGGAAAGUGAACGGGAAUUCGAAUUGGCAUUUCAUUGUUUAAAACAAGCUGCGCACGUUUUGAUACAAGGUCUUCAAGAGGAAAAAGAUGUGACAUUGAGGAAUGCUGUGAGAAGGAAAACGGCUAAAUAUCUCGUACGCGCUGAGCGGAUCUAUCGAAGUCAUCUCUCAUAUGAUGGAACACAAUUGAACUUCGAAGAACUAUAUGCAGCUUCGAUAAAGGACCCAAACAUCAUGGCUUUUCAAUGCUCGAAUGCUCAGUUGAAAAGCUACAAAAUUGUGGGAAUUUCCCCGGAGGUCGAGGCUGAAAGAAGGGUUUUCGUUGUGGAAGAACAGGGAACAGGUUUCCGCUAUGCGAUGAAGUUAUUAGAGAAAGGCGAAGAAAGCGAUGAUGCACAUCGAUUUUUGCCUACAAAUAUUCCACAUAUGACCGAAAUGCACAAGUUUUUUCAAACUCAGAACUUUAUCAUCUUACUGAUCACUUUUGUGGAAACUGGUCAAUUGUGGAGUUUUUUGAGUUCAUACUUUGAAAUUUGUGCGAAAAAUUUGCAAGAUGAGAUCAUGAAAGACGCCGAAUUAGAUGCGAAUUCGAAUUGGAAAGGGAGAAGCGAUGAAAACGAUUAUCAAGGUCGUCAUCUUUCGUUUUCGGUCGGCAUCGACACGGAUCGUUUAUCGAGAAUGACACAAAGAGAACUUGAUGAAACGAGUGACGAAAAUCAAUCAACAUCAGCUACAAGCGAACUUUGCACAAUCGGCGUUGAAGCUAUUUCGGAAGAGGAAAAUCUUAAACAGGAUAUCAAAGAGAUUCUCGUUUUUGGGCCAUCAGAAGACGAAGAUAUCCCUUUUAGAGCUGAAGAAGAAGCUCCUGCUCCAUUACGGUUGGCGAAAGAUCUGGGAUCUUCGAGAAAUGUAAUGUCCGGUUUGUGUUCAGCUCUCUCGAAUUGCUCCGAAUUGUUGUCGAGCCGACAACUCUGGGAUUCGCAAAGAGAUUUACCGGAAUGUCUGAUCAUUCAUUGGACAGCGCAAUUGGUGAGCGCUCUCUAUGUUCUGCACACGCACGGAGAAUUUAUAUGUGAUCUUCAACCAUCAAAUUUAUUGAUUGGAUCUGAUGGAAAUCUCAUUUUGACAAGUCAUGCAGUUUGGAAUGGACGAAAACACGGGGAGAUUUCUUUCAGAAAAGGAUAUGCUGCGCCUGAAUGCUUUCGAUACCCGUUCGAGUUAACAACCGAAUGCGACAUUUGGAGCUUGGGCGCAAUUUUGUACGAGUUGACCACCGGGAUUCCGCUCGCCAUUGCGGCUCCACAUGGUGUUGGAAAACCCGGUCUCGACCCGCCAUUCCCCAAAUUUUGCACAACUUCUCUAUUCGCGCGGGAUCUCAUAAAUCGAAUCUUGGUCGAAGAUCCAAAUGAAAGACUCACUUUGGAUGCCAUCCGCGCACAUCCAUUCUUUCAAUCAAUCAACUGGAAUUUAUAUGACAAUCCGCAUUCAACGAGGAUCAUAAAAGAGACCACAUCACCGCGGGCGAUCAGCAACAAAAUUGACUACUCGAAUGAUCUUCCGACAAGCUCACAGAGUCAAAUUGAUGUU